UAUUUUUGGCUAGUUUAAGAUUCUGAAGGGCAGGUUUUAGACUAACUUUGGACUGGAUAUUUUUUUGGUGGACCUGGCAACCCUGCUGCCCUGCUACUUUCUCUACUAUCACUCUGCGGAGGGAGGGCAGCUGUCUGCUGGAGAACGUCUCUGUGCUAGCUCUCUCUUCACAGGAUGGCGGUGGAGUCGAUCUCAGCAGACUGGGAGUUUGAUCGCUUUGACGAUGGCUCUCAGAAAAUUCAUACUGAAGUGCAGCUAAAAAACUACACAAAGUUCUUGGAAGAGUAUUCAUCUCAACUCAAAGCUAUUGAAGAAGCCCUGGAUGACUCCAUUGGUGAUGUCUGGGAUUUCACUCUGGAUCCAAUAGCUUUGCAGCUCAUUCCCUAUGAACAGUCCUCACUUUUGGAGUUGAUUAAGACAGAAAACAAGGUCCUUAAUAAAGUCAUUACAGUUUAUGCAGCUCUCUGCAGUGAAGUCAAGAAAUUGAAAUAUGAGGCUGAAACAAAGUUCUAUAAUGGUUUGCUGUACUACGGUGAAGGAGUGUCAGACACCAGUGUGGUGGAGGGCGAAUGCCAAGUUCAAAUGGGACGCUUCAUCUCCUUUCUGCAGGAGCUGUCUUGCUUUGUGUCUCGUUGCUUUGAGGUUGUGGUGAACAUUGUGCAUCAACUAGCUGCUUUGUACAACAGCAACAAAGCUGCCACAAAAAUCAUUGAGUCAUCUGGAGUUCAUUUUCAGACAGUAUAUGAGCACCUGGGUGAACUGCUGGUGGUUCUUAUCACUUUGGAUGAGAUCAUGGAGAACCAUGCUACUCUGAGAGAUCACUGGAAGAUGUACAAAAGAUUACUCAAAUCUGUCCACCACAACCCAUCCAAGUUUGCUAUUCUGGAAGAGAAGUUAAAACCAUUUGAGAAGCUUUUGCUAAAGCUGGAGGGACAGCUGCUGGACAGCAUGAUCUUUCAGGCUUGUGUAGAUCAGAGGUUUGAUAAUCCUGGGGAGGGGGUAUCCGUCUCUAAAAACAGUGCCUUUGCUGAGGAGUUUGCCCACAACAUUCGCACAAUCUUCGCCAAUGUGGAGUCAAAGCUUGGGGAACCUUCUGAGAUUGACCAGAGGGAUAAAUAUGCAGGGGUCUGUGGCCUCUUUGUCCUGCAUUUCCACAUCUUUCGAACUGUUGACAAGAAACUCUAUAAAUCUCUUUUGGAUGUGUGCAAAAAGGUCCCUGCAGUGACACUCACUGCCAACAUAAUCUGGUUUCCUGACACUUUUUUGAUUAACAAAGUCCCUGCCGCAGCCAAACUGAUGGAUAAAAAGAGUCUCCAGGCCAUUCGCAGCAGCAGAGAUGCAUUCUUGCAACAAAAAGCACAAACACUAACCAAGGAUGUGCAGUCUUAUUAUGUGUUUGUGACCUCCUGGAUGAUGAAGAUGGAAGCUAUCUUAUCUAAGGAACAGAGGCCUGACAAACUCGCUGAAGAUCUGAGCAACAGGUGCAAUGUCUUUGUGCAGGGAAUCCUGUAUGCCUACAGCAUCAGCACCAUCAUUAAAACCACCAUGAACCUGUACAUGUCCAUGCAGAAACCCAUGACCAAGACCUCGGUGAAGGCUCUGUGUCGUUUGGUGGAGCUUCUGAAGGCUGUAGAGCACACAUUUCACCGGCGCUCCCUAGUAGUGGCAGACUCUGUGACGCACAUCACUCAGCAGCUACACUCCCAGGCCCUGACCUCCAUUUCUACAGCUAAGAAAAGGGUGAUCUCUGAUAAGAAGUACAGUGAGCAGAGACUGGAUGUGCUGUCAGCGCUGGUUCUGGCUGAGAACACUCUGAACGGGCCGAGCACGAGAGAGAGAAGGCUGGUAGUGUCUCUAGCACUCAGUGUGGGCACUCAGAUGAAAACCUUCAAGGAUGAGGAGCUUUUACCUUUACAACUUGUCCUCAAGAAGCUGGAUCUGAUCAGUGAAUUAAGAGAGAGGGUCAAAGUACAGUGUGACUGCAGCUUUCUCUACUGGCACCGUGCAGUCUUUCCCAUUUACCUGGAUGAUGUGUAUGAAAAUGCUGUGGAUGCAGCGAGGAUUCAUUACAUGUUCAGUGCUCUUAGAGACAGUGUGCCGACCAUGUUGCACGCCAAACAUAUGGAGUCCUGUGAGCAGCUGCUGGAGUGUUACGACAAAGAGAUCAUGGAUGUCUUUAACGAGCACUUGUUGGACAAGCUGUGUAAGGAGAUAGAGAAGGACCUGCGGCUCUCUGUGCACACACACCUCAAGCUGGACGACCGGAACCCGUUCAAAGUAGGCAUGAAGGACCUGGCUCACUUCUUUUCCCUCAAGCCAAUCCGCUUCUUCAAUCGCUUCAUUGAUAUCAAAGCCUAUGUAACUCACUACCUGGACAAAACUUUUUACAACCUGACCACAGUGGCUCUCCAUGACUGGGCCACAUAUAGUGAGAUGAGAAAUCUAGCCACACAGCGCUAUGGUCUAGUCAUGACUGAGGCCCAUCUCCCCAGCCAGACUCUGGAACAGGGACUGGAUGUGUUGGAGAUUAUGAGGAACAUCCACGUGUUUGUCUCGCGUUAUCUCUACAAUCUGAACAACCAGAUCUUCAUUGAGAGGACCAGCAACAACAAGCACUUAAACACCAUCAAUAUUCGGCACAUCGCAAACUCAAUCCGCACCCAUGGAACUGGCAUAAUGAACACUACUGUAAACUUCACGUAUCAGUUCCUCCAGAAGAAGUUUUACAUCUUCAGUCAGUUCAUGUACGACGAGCACAUCAAGUCCAGGCUCAUCAAAGAUAUCCGCUUCUUCAGAGAAACCAAAGAUCAGUCUGAUCAGAAGUACCCCUUUGAGAGGGCUGAAAAGUUCAACCGGGGCAUCAGAAAACUUGGCAUCACUCCAGAUGGCCAGAGCUACCUGGACCAGUUCAGACAGCUCAUCAGUCAGAUUGGUAACGCAAUGGGGUAUGUACGAAUGAUCCGCUCUGGAGGCCUGCACUGUUGCAGUAGUGCUAUCAGGUUUGUUCCUGAUCUGGAGGACAUUGUAAACUUUGAGGAGUUAGUAAAGGAGGAGAGUCUAUCUGAUGAGACGCAGAAGGCAGCCAGCGUCUUGGAUUCGGUACUUAGUGACCUGACCACUAACUCAGCCGAGGGAACUGAGUAUUUCAAAAUGCUUGUGGGUGUGUUUGCCCCAGAGUUCCGCAGCCUGAAAAAUAUGCACUUAAGGAACUUCUACAUGAUCGUUCCCCCUUUGACAGUCAAUUUUGUGGAGCACUCUAUAGGCUGCAAAGAGAAGCUGAAUAAAAAGAACAAAAACGGAGCAGCCUUCACAGAUGAUGGCUUUGCCAUGGGUGUUGCCUACAUUCUGAAGCUGCUGGAUCAGUAUCAAGAGUUUGACUCCCUGCACUGGUUCCAGGCAGUCCGAGAGAAAUACAUGAAGGAAAUGAGCGCAGUGGUGAAAGAGCAGAAUGUUCAGGCCACCAGCCAAGAUGAGAAGCUCAUGCAGACCAUGAACUUAACUCAGAAGAGACUGGAUGUCUAUCUGCAGGAGUUCGAGCUGCUGUACUUUUCUCUGAGCAGUGCACGGAUCUUCUUCAGAGCUGAUAAGACUGCAGCAGAGGAAACCCAGGAAAAGAAAGACCGGGAGGAUGUUGCUAAAGCAGCGGCGGUUUCUUCUGAAACUGAAUCCAGCAGCAAGUAAAACCCAGCAGCAGCUCUCAACAUUUUGGAAGAUAUGAAAGAUUGUAAAUAGAAACUAACUCAGAAAAAAAGGUAUAGAGUACCAUAUUUUGGAUGGUAGCAGAGUCUUGUAAUGUUUUGUAUUGAAGUAAAUAAUGGCAUCCAUUUCUCAGCCAAGAAUUUGAAAAGGUACAUUGAGAAAGUAAUGGAACACUUGUUACAUCUCCUGCACUUAAUUUGACUGUAACUGACAGUCGUUUAUGAUCUUCUAUAUGACCUGCUUUUACAAAGCCAGGGUUCUGCCACUACAUAUUAUUUUUCCUCAGCUACUAUUACUAUUAUUACUAUUAUUACUUGCAGCUGUGCAAGUGUGGCAGCUUCUUAUCAACUUAGUCUACGAUAAUAUUUUAAUAUGGUAAUAAUGUGACCCUUAAAAUUGAUAUUUUAACUAAAUCCUUAUUGUCUUAAUCAUCAUUUGUUAAUCUAAAUUGCUGUUUGUCUGAUUGUUAGUGUGACUGUACAAGUAAAAUUUGCCAUAAAUUGUCCCUGGAUCAAAUCAGAUCUUCUCCAGAGUUAUGUAACACUCAAAAGUUCUCCUGGUACAGUAACUGGACUGUAUUAAUCAGUAGUUCUGUGUAUUAGCAAAAACUUGGCAACACAAUAAGUAUAUACACACGUAUAUGUUUUCAGUAUAUGACAAUAUAUCGCGCUACUGAAUGGAAGGUGGUGUUUACUUUUUUGUGCAGUCCCAUCAGUGAGAUCUAAAAACAAACACUGUCAGGAUUUAAAAACACCAAAAAAAAAAUGACUGUCUACCACCAGUCGUUACAUGUAAACUAACAAUUAAUAAUCAAUUCUGUUUUUCAAAACAAAAUAUCACAGUAUAUAGAUAUGUAAACACAGCCCUAUUCAACUAUUUAAAAUGGUGGCUGUUAAAAACCAAGUGUAUUGUUGAGAUGCAGCGAACUAAUCUUCUGAGGUAACCUGCCUAAUCACAUAACCUGCCAAACCAUAUGGAAAUGAGUGCAGUUUUUGCCUUUAAGGCUUUUUUUUCUUCAAAAUUAUAUCAGCAUGUAUAAAUGAAUAUGGCUUAAGAUGUGAAGGAAUUGCAGAAGCACUGUGUGGAAGAGGUGUCUCAUUACACAAGCCUUAAUAUGCAGUAUUCAUAAAGUGAUGUACAGGAUGAAUUUGUAGUUUCAGAAACAUUCCAGCUGAAUGUUGAUUCUUCAUGCUCUUUUUGUAAAAUCAUGCCCAGUUGAGCAUUAUAAGUAAUGCCAUAACAACUUAAUUAAAAAGAUU